AGGUGGCUCAGUGAUGGGAACCAAGAGAGGAUGUGGGGAGGAGAGUGGAGGCAGCGAUGGGAGAUGGAUGUCCUGGAUUGGGCGGGUGGACGGGGAGUGGGGAGUGUGCCAGGGGGCCCUCUGGAGAACAGUGAGGGAGGGCGGGGCAGAGAGAGGAAAUGAAAAAGCUGGGGUGAGCAGGCAAGCUGAGGAGGGUGGGAAGGAGGGAGGGACGGAGGGAGGAGGGAAGGAGAAGCUGACACACAGACCGACACAGGCAGCGAGAGACACGCGGAGCAAAGCAAGUGAAGGCACAGACGCACGGGACAGGAGAGCCUGGGCAAGACUGGAGAGCCCAGACCUGGGAUGGCGGAUUCGUGCAGGAACCUCACCUACGUGCGGGGCUCGGUGGGGCCGGCCACCAGCACCCUGAUGUUCGUGGCCGGCGUGGUGGGCAACGGGCUGGCCCUGGGCAUCCUGAGCGCACGGCGACCGGCGCGCCCCUCGGCCUUCGCGGUGCUGGUCACCGGACUGGCGGCCACCGACCUGCUGGGCACCAGCUUCCUGAGCCCGGCCGUGUUCGUGGCCUAUGCGCGCAACAGCUCUCUGCUGGGCCUGGCCCGAGGCGGCCCCGCGCUGUGCGAUGCCUUCGCCUUCGCCAUGACCUUCUUCGGCCUGGCGUCCAUGCUCAUCCUCUUUGCCAUGGCCGUGGAGCGCUGCCUGGCGCUGAGCCACCCCUACCUCUACGCGCAGCUGGACGGGCCCCGCUGCGCCCGCCUGGCGCUGCCAGCCAUCUACGCCUUCUGCGUCCUCUUCUGCGCGCUGCCCCUGCUGGGCCUGGGCCAACACCAGCAGUACUGCCCCGGCAGCUGGUGCUUCCUCCGCAUGCGCUGGGCCCAGCCGGGCGGCGCCGCCUUCUCGCUGGCCUACGCCGGCCUGGUGGCCCUGCUGGUGGCUGCCAUCUUCCUCUGCAACGGCUCGGUCACCCUCAGCCUCUGCCGCAUGUACCGCCAGCAGAAGCGCCACCAGGGCUCUCUGGGUCCACGGCCGCGCACUGGAGAGGACGAGGUGGACCACCUGAUCCUGCUGGCCCUCAUGACAGUGGUCAUGGCCGUGUGCUCCCUGCCUCUCACGAUCCGCUGCUUCACCCAGGCCGUCGCCCCUGACAGCAGCAGUGAGAUGGGGGACCUCCUUGCCUUCCGCUUCUACGCCUUCAACCCCAUCCUGGACCCCUGGGUCUUCAUCCUUUUCCGCAAGGCUGUCUUCCAGCGACUCAAGCUCUGGGUCUGCUGCCUGUGCCUCGGGCCUGCCCACGGCGACUCGCAGACACCCCUUUCCCAGCUCGCCUCUGGGAGGAGGGACCCAAGGGCCCCCUCUGCUCCUGUGGGAAAGGAGGGGAGCUGGGUGCCUUUGUCGGCUUGGGGCGAGGGGCAGGUGGAGCCCUUGCCUCUCACACAGCAGUCCAGCGGCAGCGCCGUGGGAACGUCGUCCAAAGCAGAAGCCAGCGUCGCCUGCUCCCUCUGCUGACAUUUCGAGCUGACCCUGUGAUCUCUGCCCUGUCUUCGGGCGACAGGAGCCAGAAAAUCAGGGACAUGGCUGAUGGCUGCGGAUGCUGGAACCUUGGCCCCCAAACUCUGGGGCCGAUCAGCUGCUGUUUCUCCUGCGGCAGGGCAGUCGCUGCUGGCUCUGGGAAGAGAGUGAGGGACAGAGGAAACGUUUAUCCUGGAGUGCAGAAAGAAUGGUUCUCUCAAAAUAACCAGUGGCCUGGCCGACCUGCUCUGGCCCUGGAUUCCCCAUCCAUCUCACUGUCUAAAUAUUUAGAAGGCGGAGAAGUUCCCAGCGGCUUCUGUACACUCAGGUCUGCUCUGGUCUGGGUGCUGGCUCCAAUCUGCGUCCACUUGGGGGGCCCAACUGCCCACCCCAAGUCCGCAGGGGAUGGCCCUCCCCCUCUACCAAGCCACUCCAAGAGCCAGCCCCUCUCUGCUCCACAAAAACCACAGUUAUUGGAAAAGCUCCCUGCCUUCCCUUGCCGCUGGUCCCCCAUCAGGCUUGGGAGCCCUGGCAUCCCAAAGGGGCAACGGGAGGAAGGGGAGGCUGCUGCAUUGUGGGUGAUGACGUAGGACAUGUGCUUGGUACAAAAAGGGCCUGAGACAUUCCACCUAGCUUGACUGGCUGCAAGAUGAGAACUGGGGGGGUGCAGGUGGUGGGGAGACAGAUGGAGAAGCUGGCAGAUGAAGGGUGGGGGCUGCGGAUCCCAGGGACUGCCCCAGAACACAAACCUAAGUCCUGUGCCUGUCCCCAGGGUCCUGAAUAAAUAAAAGCCUCCUUGCAGAGCCUGA